AUGUUGUUAUCACGACUAGAGCAACUUUACCUUAGGCGUUCUAAUAAUCCAAGAUUUAGAAAAGGACUUGCAUCUUUGCGAUGCGCAAGAACAUAUUCCGUCGCAAUGGAUCCCGAAUGGAUGGAACUGGCCAAGAAGGAAUUGAAAGGCAAGGAUCCAGAAACUCUUGUGUAUAAAAACUAUGAGGGUAUUAACUAUAAACCACUUUAUUCAAAUGAAGAUAUAGCUGGACUAGUGAAAGAGGUUCCGGGAAAAUUCCCAUUUACUCGAGGUCCCUAUGCUACUAUGUAUACUCAAAAACCGUGGACUAUCAGACAAUAUGCGGGCUUUUCAACUGUGGAAGAAAGCAAUAAAUUUUAUAAAGAUAACAUUAAGGCUGGGGUUCAAGGUCUUAGUGUUGCCUUUGAUUUAGCUACACAUAGAGGUUAUGAUUCAGAUAAUCCUCGUGUGCAUGGUGAUGUUGGCAUGGCAGGUGUGGCUAUUGAUACCGUCAAUGAUAUGGUUAGAUUAUUCGAUGGUAUACCUUUAAACAAGAUUAGUACAUCAAUGACUAUGAAUGGUGCUGUGCUUCCUGUAUUGGCUUUUUUCAUUGUUGCAGCAGAAGAACAGGGUGCAAAACAAUCGGAAUUAGCGGGAACUAUUCAAAAUGAUAUAUUAAAAGAAUUUAUGGUCAGAAAUACAUAUAUUUUCCCACCAAAACCAUCAAUGAGAAUUAUUAGUGAUAUAUUUGCUUAUACAGCCAAAAAUAUGCCCAAAUUUAAUUCAAUCUCUAUUUCUGGCUAUCAUAUGCAAGAAGCUGGUGCAAGCGCUGUCUUAGAAAUGGCUUAUACUAUUGCUGAUGGUAUUGACUAUUGCCGAUUAGGUGUUAAUCAUGCUGGUUUAAAUAUCGAUGCUUUUGCUCCACGUCUGUCAUUCUUCUGGGGUAUUGGAAUGAAUUUUCAUAUGGAGAUUGCUAAAAUGAGAGCAGCACGACGAGUUUGGGCGAAAUUAAUAAAGGAGAAAUUUCAAGCGAAAUCACCUAAAUCUUUGCUACUUCGUGCUCAUUGUCAAACCUCUGGAUGGUCAUUAACAGAACAGGAUCCAUACAAUAAUAUUAUUCGUACUACUAUCGAAGCAAUGGCUGCUGUAUUCGGUGGAUGUCAAUCAUUGCAUACAAAUUCAUUUGAUGAAGCACUUGGACUGCCAACAAAAUUUUCUGCACGUAUUGCUCGUAAUACACAAAUUAUUAUUCAAGAGGAAACAAUGAUUACUAAAGUUGCUGAUCCAUGGGCUGGCUCAUUUAUGAUGGAAAAGUUGACAGCAGAAUUAGAAGCAGCUGCUUUAAAAGAAAUCGAAGAAAUUGAACACAUGGGUGGAAUGGCUAAAGCUAUUGAGUCCGGUAUUCCAAAAUUACGUAUUGAAGAGUGUGCAGCUAAACGACAAGCGGCUAUCGAUUCCUGUCAAGAGGUUAUUGUUGGUGUAAAUAAAUAUAGAUUGGAGAAAGAAGAACGCGUAGAUGUACUCGUAGUAGACAAUACUAAAUUCGCGCUGAACGUGACCAAUCGAAAAGUUUUAUCUUGUUCUCAGGCUGAUUUAUGCUUAGAAGCAAUCAGUGAUGCCUGUUCGAGUGAUGAUCGUAGUCAAAAUCUGUUAGCAUUAUGUAUUGAAGCUGCUCGAGCACGUUGUACCAUUGGUGAGAUAACCGAUGCAAUGGUUAAAGUAUUUGGUCGUCAUCAAGCUACUGAUCAUAUUGUUUCAGGUGCAUACAAAAGUCAAUUCAGUGCAGAUGAAGAAUGGAAGCAAGUUAUCAAUGCUGUCGAUACAUUUGCACAUACUGAAGGACGUCGACCACGCAUCCUUAUAGCCAAACUUGGUCAAGAUGGACAUGAUCGUGGUGGCAAAGUAAUUGCUACUGGAUUCUCUGAUUUAGGCUUUGAUGUUGAUGUCGGUUCAUUAUUCUCGACUCCAAUAGAAGCUGCUCAACAAGCCAUUGAUGCUGAUGUACACGUUGUUGGUGUUAGUUCAUUAGCAGCUGGUCAUAAAACAUUAAUUCCAGAAUUAAUUAAAGAAUUACGAAAACUUGGAGGACAAAAUGUUGUUGUUGUUGCUGGCGGAGUUAUUCCACCUCAAGAUUAUGAUUUUCUUUAUGAAAAUGGUGUUUCUUGUAUAUUCGGUCCUGGGACACGUAUUACGGAUGCUGCUAUGAAAGUGUUGAAUGCAAUCAAAUCAAAAUGUCAUGAUAAUCAUAAUAAUAAUACUGAACAGAAAAAAUCAUCCGGUCAAUAA